AUGCCUCCCGCGAAGAAAGCUAAGUCGCGUACAGCAGCAUCGGCAGCGCCCGCGAGCGGUGGUGAAAAGUCCGAGGGCGACAAGCCGGACAAGGCGAAGCCCAAGACCGACAAGGAGAAGGCCCUGCUACGCCGCCAGCAGGUCCGCCGCGCGCAAAUCGAGCACCGCCAGCGCAAGGCAAACUACGUCAAGCAGCUGGAGCUCGACGUCUCGCAGCUGAGAGACCUGGUCGCCCUGGAGGAACACGACGGCAAGGUCCUGCACAGGGAGAAUGAGGAGAUCAUCGCCAUCCUCAGGUUAAACGGCGUCGGCCGGCCAUCGGGGGUGCAACAGCCUGCGCAUCAUGCCCAGCAGCCUCCAUUCAUCAUGAGGCCAGAAGGAGCUGGACCGGUGCCGGGCCAAGGACCGGUUGAGCCAAUCGAUCCGAUGAUGCUCGACCCCUCUGCGCCUGGAAGCUAUGCGGCAUCGUCGGUCCCUGACGCGGCCGCAUCGCCCGAGAUGUUCAGCGGCAUCGACUUGGACGACUGGACGGUCACGCUGAGCGUCGACAGAUCGCUGGGAACGCCAUGCUUCCACGUCAGCUCAGGCUCCUCGGGCGACGGCAGCGUCGCCAGCGCACUCACGCCGCCCAAAUCAGCGACGGGCGAGGCGCAACUUACACCAGCACAGGAGCAACGCGCUAUCAACUUCAUUCUUGCCCUCGAGCACGUUUGCUGGAACCACUUCCGCCUCGGUGACUUCCCAUGCCACGACCACUCAGAAGAGUGCGAGGAGGACAACGGCCACACGCUCAUGGCCUCGGCCUACUGCAUGGCCUCGGCCCCGGAGUCCAUCUACGCCGACAGCCAACCCCUUGCGCGCGACUACCCCAAGAACAAACCCGCUUCCGCAGCGCCGACGACGGCCCCGUCAUCACCGCCGCCCAGCUUCUCCUGGCCCGCCGUUGGCAUCACCCUCGACUCUCUCCAUGGGCUGGCCCAGUCCCUCAACCCCGGGGACCAGGAGAUUGCGCCGGUGCAGGCUUGGUUCGAGCUUGCGAGCCGAUAUCCGGUCGACAUGCUCCUUGACGCCACCACACUCGAUGCUCUCCAAUGCGAGUUUAAGAACGUGGUGCGGUGCGUGUCGUUUGGCGCAGCAAUCGAGCGUAUGGCCUUUGAGAGCGUGCUCGCCAAGGUUCUCGGUCCAUCUGACCAGUCGCUGAAUGUACCAGUGUGA